CUUGAACACUAAAUCAAACAUGGCUGCCAGAACUUCGGUGUAAGUCAGUGGUGCAGUGUACAUGUUAGCAGUGCUUGGUUUGUUAUUAUAUUGCGGUGUUCGCGUAGUGUUCGGUUAUUUUUAUAUGUAGUUACAUUUCCCGUGAUUAAUAUAUUAAUUAGCUAAGUGUUUAUUUAAAAAAAGACAAUAGUAGAGCUUUUUGAAAUGGGCCGUUCGAGAUCCAGGACGAAAUCUCCUAGUAGGCGGCGUCAUAAGAGCAAACAUUCGAGGAAACGCUCAAAAUCACGUGAGAAGCACUCCAACAACAAAUACUCCGACAAGCCAAAAGAACGUAGUUCCAAAUCAAGGAAACGAUCCCAUUCUGCAUCCUCUAGUUCUGGCUCAGAUGCUUCGGAUGAUGUACACAUUGUCAGUCAUAAGAAACGUUCAUACAGAGACAGAGAUCGCAAAAUGGAUGAAGUAGAGAGGCUGGCAGAAAUGGAGCGUCAAAGGAAAAAGAAAGAAUUAUCGAACAAAAUCUUCACCGCAAGUGCAGUUGGAAGGCAACGCGAAGUGGAACAAAAAAUGGUGGAGGAAGAAGCUGCAAAACGAAUAGAAGAACUAGUGCAGAAAAGGGUGGAGGAAGAACUAGAAAAACGUAAAGAGGAAAUAGAAGCUGAAGUACAAAGGAGAGUAGAAGAAGCUAAAAGGGCUAUGGAGCGUCAAAUGAUGGAGGAAAUGGAAUGGAGACAAGCAAAACUUCGUGAGGAGGAGAAACGAAGAGAGGAGGAAGAGCGGAAGAAGCGCGAGGAACUAGAGAGGAUCAUGGAGGAGAACAACAGAAAAAUAGAGGAAGCUCAGAAGAAACUGGCUGAAGAAAGAUUGGCCAUGGUUGAACAACAACGUUUAAUGGAAGAGGAAAGGCAAAGAAUGAGGAAAGAACAUGAAAAGCGUGUUAAAGAGGAACAAAAGAAAAUCCUCGGGAAGAACAACUCGAGGCCUAAAUUGUCCUUUACGCUAAAGCCAGUUACGUGAGUCUGUCUCAUUACGUGCAGUUUUACAUGUGAUAUUUAUACAUCUUGUCGAUAUUGGUAUUAUUCAUUUUCCGCAAGAACAUUUACCGUAAGCUGCGCGUACAUACGUACAUGAAUUGUGCAGCGACAAAGAUCCAAAGCUCACCCCGAAUGUAUUUGCGAUAAUCACAGUCGAAGUUCGGCGAACGUUGAAUCGUUUUAUUUAAUUAUGAUGUUCACGCACGUGCGUCAGAAUUGAAUAAUUCGUUCUAUACUUGCUCGAUUUCGAAACCCGAUGCAGGCGGGAUCUCACCUGUACGAGACUACACUGAUGUCAACACAGGCAAAGCACUUCUGCCAAUGGCAGGGACGUAACAUAGAGCCAGCAUUUGUAUUUAUUCACGUUGUAAAGUUUCUUUUUUUUUUUUUCUACAGUAUGAACGAUAAACGUUCUUGCACAGGUUCUUGCUUGAUCUGUUUGACAAAAGUGUAGUCUAGCCUAGAUAGGUGUGUUCUACAAAUUGCAAAUGCAGUUUACGAAUGUCGUUUCUUCGUGACUAUACUGUACAGAGGAUAAUUUUAUUUCAGUUAGAUGUAUCAAAAUGAGAAUCGUAUUUAAAAAAUAUUCGCGUUUGUGAGUAAAAAUGAGAAUUUUCAGACGGUCACACUAACAAAUACGACCAAAAUAGAUUUUGUAAUUAAACACAAGUGCAUAAAUGAAUUUUCUACGAGAAUAGAUUAAAAACUAUUGUGUAUCUGUAACAGGCCAAUUUCGAGAGAAUAGUAACGGAAGAGUUAGUUUUUUUUUUUGUUUUUUUUCUUUAGUACGUUAAAUCGAGAUCGUUAUGGAUUAUGCAUACGUCUAGAAUUUAAGACAGAAUUCGUUCUGUCAGCGAAAAGUCGAGGAAAAAAGAGAAAAAACCAAAAAAGAAAAAAUAAAGUAAAACUGUUCUUUUCUAAUCAAAAUUAAAUUAAGAAAUAAUGCUGAUGAAAAGACAAAUGAAACGUUGAAUGAAAGCAUUUUAUACCCGUAAGAAUGUACAAAUGCAAUUACGAACAAGUAUAUCUUGUAUGCAUUCGUGCAUAGAUGUGUAUUAAUAUAACAGAAAGAAAAACAUCUGUUCAUAUAGGAUUGUAUACUCAAGCAUUGUUACUUGUAAAAUAAACACGUUUUUAUUAAAUCUUA